GGGCGCUGACGUCGCGGCGCGGCCCGCGGCCAGCGGCCCGGUGAGGCGGGGAGGCGGCGGCCGGUCGGCCCGGCCCAGCCCAGCCCGCAGCUGCGGCGGCGCUCAGAGUCGGUUCCUGACCGCCUUCUGCCGCGGCCGGGUUUGUCAACAGGUCCUGGGGUCUGCACCGGCUCGGCCAGACCUCGCCCCCCGCUUCCCUGCCAUGGCCCUGGUGCGGGGCGCGGAGCCGGCGGCGGGGCCUUCCCGCUGGCUGCCCACGCACGUCCAGGUGACGGUGCUGCGGGCCCGCGGGCUGCGGGGCAAGAGCUCGGGAGCGGGCAGCACCAGCGACGCGUACACGGUGAUCCAGGUGGGCCGCGAGAAGUACAGUACGUCGGUGGUGGAGAAGACGCACGGCUGCCCCGAGUGGCGUGAGGAGUGUUCCUUCGAGCUGCCGCCGGGGGCCCUGGAUGGCCUGCUGCGGGCGCAGGAGGCCGACGCGGGCCCGGCGCCCUGGGCCGCGAGCUCCGCCGCCGCCUGCGAGCUGGUGCUCACCACCAUGCACCGCUCGCUCAUCGGCGUCGACAAGUUCCUGGGCCAGGCCACGGUGGCGCUGGACGAGGUCUUCGGCGUAGGCCGCGCCCAGCACACGCAGUGGUACAAGCUGCACUCCAAGCCAGGCAAGAAGGAGAAGGAACGCGGCGAGAUUGAAGUCACCAUCCAGUUCACGCGCAACAACCUGAGCGCCAGUAUGUUUGACCUGUCCAUGAAGGACAAGCCAAGGUCCCCCUUCAGCAAGAUCAGGGACAAGAUGAAGGGCAAGAAGAAGUAUGAUCUGGAAUCUGCCUCUGCCAUCCUCCCAAGCAGCGCCAUAGAGGAUCCUGACCUGGGCAGCCUGGGCAAGAUGGGCAAAGCCAAAGGCUUCUUCCUCCGCAACAAGCUGCGCAAGUCGUCCCUGACCCAGUCCAACACCUCGCUGGGCUCGGACAGCACCCUGUCCUCAGCCAGCGGGAGCUUGGCCUACCAGGGACCUGGCGCCGAGCUCCUCACCCGCUCACCAAGCCGUAGCAGCUGGCUGUCCACUGAAGGGGGUAGGGACUCUGCACAGUCCCCCAAGCUGUUCACCCAUAAGAGGACCUAUAGCGAUGAGGCCAACCAGAUACGAGUGGCUCCUCCUCGGGCCCUUCUGGACCUUCAGGGCCACCUGGAUGCUGCCUCCCGCUCUUCGCUCUGUGUCAAUGGGAGCCACAUUUACAAUGAGGAGCCCCAGGGCCCUGUGCGGCACCGCAGCUCCAUCUCGGGCUCACUUCCAUCCUCUGGCUCCUUGCAAGCUGUCUCUUCCCGGUUCUCCGAGGAGGGGCCUCGUUCCACAGAUGACACGUGGCCCAGAGGCAGUCGUAGCAACAGCAGCUCAGAGGCAGUGCUUGGACAGGAGGAGCUUAGUGCUCAGGCUAAAGUCCUGGCCCCUGGGGCCAGCCACCCUGGAGAGGAGGAGGGGGCCCGGCUACCAGAGGGCAAGCCGGUCCAGGUUGCCACACCCAUAGUGGCCUCCUCUGAGGCUGUGGCAGAGAAGGAGGGAGCCCGGAAGGAGGAACGCAAGCCCCGGAUGGGUCUCUUCCACCACCACCAAGGCCUAAGUCGGAGCGAGUUGGGGCGCCGAAGCUCUCUGGGGGAAAAGGGGGGUCCCAUCCUGGGGGCCUCCCCACAUCACUCAUCCAGUGGGGAGGAAAAGGCCAAGAGUAGCUGGUUUGGCUUGAGAGAAGCCAAGGACCCAACUCAGAAACCCAGCCUGGACGUGUCUCCUCAGGUAGAAUCUGACCCAGCUGCUCUUCCUCACCACCUCCCCUGCUCCCCCUGGGCUCCGGCCCCUCCCACUCCUGCUCCCACUGCUGCUCCCAUGCUAAGCACUAACCUUUUUGCAGCCGCCUCCCCCGCUGCUGCCACUGCUGCCGCCGCCGCCACCACCGCCGCCCCUGAAGCCACCCUACCUGGAUUAUUGGGUCUUACCAACCCGUUCCUCACCUCUUUGCAGAGCAACCCCUUCUUCGAGGAGCUCAUAGCCGACAUAGCACUAAACUCUCCUUCACCUGCUCCCUCUCUCCCCAGUGCCUCGAGGGCCAGCCCCACCCCCCUGGCCUCCCCUGGGAAAGCCCUGCCUGAGUGGGACAACACCUUCAACGUCUUUGCUGCCAGCAGGCUGCGUCCAGAGGCCAGGAGCGAGAUCCUGGCCCCUGCAGGAGUGGGGCUGGAGGCGGCAGGGCUGCAAGACCCAGGCCCUGGGGCCAUGACUGCGAAGGCAGCUGAUCCCCAGGGAGAGCCUGGGGGAGGAGGAGGAGGAGGAGGAAGAGGUGGGAGCAGCGUGUGGCUGGAGCCCAGGGUUCCUCUGGACUUGGGACCGGACCACCAGAGCGCGAGUGCGGCUGACCCGGGGCUCCUUGGGUCGGUAGGGGCCGGCCUGCCCUCCUCGUCAGCCCAGCUACAGCUGAGAGCCUCAGGCUCAGAACCAGACAGGGAACUGCCAGCCCCGGAAGGGGAAGCAGGGCAGAGUCUGGCAGACAGUGGGACAUCUCUAUUUAGCUCCCCAGAAGUGAUCAGUGUGUGGGAGAGGCUGCCAGGCCCAGAGAGUGCUGCUGAGGGCCAGGACGAUGAGUCCUCCCGAGGCGAAAAUCAGCUUUGCCCUGACGUCGAGACAGCUGAUGAUGCCUGGCCUUGGGAUGUGGUCACCAUUUCUCCUGCAGCUGAGACAGCCUCACUAGUCUUGCGGGGAGAGUCUGAUGAGCCUGCUCCCCAGGUGCAGCCUGAAUCGCCAGAAACUGUGAGCCCCAAGGGGAGCGAGAGGCUUCCCCCACCAGAGCCCGAGCCUAAACCCGAGUGGGUGUCUGACAAGGGGCUGCAGCCCAGCACCCCACCUCCCAAGCCACCGCGCCUCUUCACACCCUCAAGAUCCCAGGAGGAGGAGGAGGAGGAGGAGAAGGCCGCAGUGGGGCUGAGUAACAGGGGGCCAGAGACAGAGGGAGAAGAUGCCUCCCCAAGUGCACUGGUUGUCGGUCCCCCGGAGACCGAGGAGGAGGGAGAGAAGCGUGAGUCGGAGGAGUCUGACAGCUGCUCCUCUGCAACCCUGCUGGGCCAGCCUGGCCUGGAAGAGCUAGUGGAGGAUGCCAGCCCCCCUGUGUCUGGGCCCUGCCUGUCUGCACCCGCCAGCUGCCCUGAGGGUCCUGCCCCCAUACCCUGUCACUCAAAGAGCUUGGCUCUUCAGAGUCAGCACAUCUGGGGGACUCCAGAGGUUGGAGAAGGCCCUGAGGCUCCUGAGGCCCAGGGCCAGGAUCCAGUAGGAGAGGGGCUUGGGUCCUUGUCAGCCACCUCCCAGCAGGCUGAUGUGUGGGUCUCCAAGGAAGAUGCCUUGAACCCCUUCUUGUUUCAGGGGAGCCGAGAUCCUCCCAGCCUCUCAUCUGCAUCCCCGCCAGGGUCGAGGGAAUCUUCUAUUCAUUCUGGUCCAGAAGAGCUGCCCACUCCCCCAGAGCCUGACUUUCCACCGCCCCCUCUCCCGCCUUGGACCAGCCACCACCGUGGGGGGCCCAGCCCUCCAUGCUCUCCCCUGUCUGAAGCCUGGCCCCUGACUACCUCCUCUGCACCACCAGGGGAGCCAGCCUUACUCCCUGGCCCCCUUGAGCCCUCCCCACCUGGGGGCUCCCCUGCCCUACUUAGGGAGGACCUCGCUGCAGCCACCCCAGCCUCCCCGCUUGUGCUUCUGCCCUUGGAGACACGACCAGCUGAGGAGCCACAGCCCAGUGCCAGUCCCCACCCCGUGAAGCCCCUCAGUGCCGCCCCUGUGGAGGGCAGCCCCGACAGGAAGCAGUCCCGCUCCAGUCUGAGCAUAGCCCUGAGCAGUGGGCUGGAGAAGCUCAAAACAGUCACAUCUGGGAGCAUUCAGCCUGUGACCCAGGCCCCCCAGGCUGGCCAGAUGGUGGAUACUAAAAGGCUGAAGGACUCAGCUGUGCUGGACCAGUCGGCCAAGUACUACCACCUGACCCAUGAUGAGCUCAUCAGCCUGCUCCUGCAGCGGGAGCGGGAGCUGAGCCAGCGGGACGAGCAUGUGCAGGAGCUGGAGAGCUACAUCGACCGGCUGCUGGUGCGGAUCAUGGAGACCUCACCCACGCUGCUGCAGAUCCCCCCGGGCCCCCCCAAAUAGCCUUCCUCACCCUACCCCCAGGAGGGUUGGCAUGGACCUACUGCUGCCUGCCCUCUCUCCUCCUGAACUCUCUCAUCUGCAGUGGGGCAUCGUCUGUCUUGCCUUGUCACUCCUUGUUCCUCUCCCUCCUGCCUCAACUGGGGCUGCUGGAAGGGGGCCCUCUGGAUUCCCUUUGGAGGCAUCAGGUUCUGUGCACAACUUGUGUGUCUUUGGGAGCCCUGGGUCUUUCCCACCUGCCUGUUUUCAUACCCCUCAGCUUUGGGGGCCCCAGGGAAUUGGAACUCUUCCCCCAAAACAGAGCAGGGGUGAACUGUAGCUUGAUGCAGUAAUCUGGGACAAGACUGGUUGCUAGCACAUACUUUAUUAUCCCCCAAGGAUGGUCAGCCAUUUCUUCCCACAGCCAAAGCCCCAUCCCCUUCAUUUCCCUCCAGUCCCUGGAGGGGCUUCUAGUAUUACUGGGACAACAACCACGCUGCCUGUUUGUCUGUGAGUUACCGGCAACCAGCCUCUUCAGCCUCACGCCCAUUCCCCUGAGAGCAAGAAGCCUGUGUGAUCUGGGCCAGUCUCUGCCAUGUCCUGAGUCUGCUUCAGUCUGGAGCUGUUUGUGGGGCGAGUGCCGUGUGGACAGAGGUGGAUGAUGUGUGUGCUUCAGGCUGCUCCCUGCCCCCUCUGACCUUUCCACGAGUGUCACAUGUCAAUGUGUGGGGCGCAGGGGCGGGUGCAGAGAGAGCACCUUUUUGCUUUUCGAGCUUUUGACCACCUCCAAUGUGUAGGUCCCUCCAGGCUGGGGCUUGGGACUGCUUAUGAUUUGGGGAUCAAGCCUCCGUGUCUAUUCUUGUUGCCUGUCCAGAUGCCAAAACUCUGUGUUGCUGCAGGGUUUGAACUUUUGGAAACCAAUUAAAAUGUGCCUUUUGUGGGCGGGGUCAAGAGCCCCUGGAUGUCGACCUCUCCCGCUGUGUGGCGUCCCCCUCCCACCUGUUGAAUACAUAGGGAUGGCUCUCUCAGGGCCCUGGGAAUGGCAAUGGGCAGCCCUGCUGUGGGCUGUUCCCCUCCCCUAGAGUUAAUCUCUUGGUCUGGCCAAGUUGCUGCUCCCUCAACCUUCCUGCUGUCUUCCCCUCCCUCAACCCCAAUAGGAGGAUCCCAGGAUAAACACUGCUGGGCAGGCGGGCAGGCAGGCCUGGGGCUGCCCUGCUCACUCUCAUUGUCUGGCCUCAGGACUUAGCCAUACUAGAGCAGUCAGCUUGCCUGGAAGAGGGAGGUCGCACUAUGCCUUUGGGAGACACUAUACUUAGGAAAAAGCCUUUGUUGUCCUCCCAUCCAUCCACUAAGCUGCUAUCUCAGCCUGUCCCUUCUGCCCCAGGGGCUUGCCUGGCUUGGCUGCAGUGCACUUUGAAAUGAAGUAUCUGUCCUUUGGCCCAGCCCCUGGUUUGCUUGUAGAAAACAUGGUAGGCUUUCCCAAGGCAUCUGCAGGGAACUUUGGCAGCUUGGGGCACCCUGAAUUAGCAAAAAUGGGGGGUGAUGAGGUGCUGAAGAAGGAUACUUAACAGCUUAGUGAGGAGGCAAGAGCUCCUCUGGGACCACCACUUCUUCAAGAGAGGGCCUGUGGGCUUGCUUUUGGAAGGCCUCAGGCAGACACGUGCCCUCUGGGUGAUGUCUGUCUGCUGCCAGGAUGGAGCAGAGGAGCGCCACACAUGGAGGAAAGCCCCUGUAACGUUACCUACCUUAAACUCCACUCAUCAAAGCUGAGAAAAGUAUCCACUGGUCCCCAGGGUUUCAGUCAUGCUUUUGGGGGUCAUUGGGUAUUAGAGAAGUAAGUAUCUUUUCUGAGAGAGGGGGAGUCACCCCCCCUACUGGGGAUUCCUCUGGGCUUUAUUCACUCCCAGCCUUGGCCCUGACCUUUGUGGGCCUCCCUAAUGCCCAGGGCAUGGAUGGCUUCAGAGGAGUUUUUGAAUCGAAGCCCAGGGUCCUUGUUGAUGUUUCUUCUCCUAGCCACACUUGGAGGAAAGCUGCAGGUGGGUUGGGCAGGGAGCAGGCAUGGUUCUGCUUUGCUGUUUGUCUUCCUAGUUAAGGCUCUUUAUAAAGAGCUUGUUCUUCAUGUUUUAAGCACUUUAUGAAGAAUAAAACAUUCAUGUACUGCA